GACAUGAUGUUCCUACCCUUUUCCCCUCCCCCCUCCACCUCUCUCUUCCCUGUUUUCCUUCUACUCCUCCUUUGCCUUCCUCCAUCCCUCAUCUCCUCUUCCCUCUCUUACAUCCCGUUGAGCUGGACUUCACCUCAUGAUCCCUGCUACCACCUAGAUGGCCGUCCACGACACUGCUUAUCAGAGUUCAUCAAUGCCGCCUAUGGGGUCUCAGUCAAUGCUACCCACUCGUUCCAAGGGUCUGAUUAUGAUGACAACAUCACAACCUUGACUGACCUGCAUAAUCCUCACAACCUCACCUGCUGGACAGCUCACAGAGGUACCAACACCGGGGACUGGAUCUUCACUCUGCCCCUGGGACGCCGCUUUGAAAUCACCUAUAUAAGUUUGCAGUUCUGCCAUCAGGGGGAGCCAUCAAACCCCAUCUCCAUCCUGAAGUCGAUGGACUAUGGGCGCACUUGGAGGCCGAUGCAGCAUUACUCCAGUGACUGCCUCAGGAACUUUGAGCUGCCUUCCCAGAUGGUAGCUGAGACGAGGCAUCAAGAGACAGAACCUCUCUGCUCAGAUCCCCGACCCCUGCAAAAGCAGCGGGGUGGCAUGGUGCUGGCCUUCUCCACCCUGGACGGACGUCCAUCCUCUCCGGAUUUCGACUACAGCCCCACCCUCCAGGACUGGGUGACGGCCACAGACAUCCGUGUGGUCUUCCACAAAUUGUCUAAAGAGGCCAAAUCGGGUAAUUCGGAUAAGAAGGAAGAAGCACGAUCGCGUGAUAGUACAGAGGAAGAAAGGGGGACUGGGUUUCUGAGGUGGCGAUCAGGCCACAAGGGAAACACUGGAGAUCAGGUUGACAAGACAGAUAAUACACUGGCAUUUUUUAACAGGGAGACAAAAAACUCAGAGAUCAGCGUGAGGAACAGAGGGGAGAAAAUGGACAAACCUGGACGCAAGGGUCAUUAUAAAGGGUCAGGUCAAGAUGAAGAUGGACACAAUGUGACCAGCAAGGAAGGUGGGGACAGUUUUAGCUCUGCCACGCUCCCGUCUUCAAAGAAAGGCGGGAAAAACAGGGGCCGUGGCCGCAAGAGGGAAAACAAUCAUUGGCCACCUUGCCAAAAUGGCGUCUGUAAUUGGACAGUUGAAGGGCAGAGCAGGGGCAACAAAGGGCGGGAGCUGAGGAAACGGAGGAACAAUAAUCUCAACACGAGACAAAGCUCCAGAAAUCUGCAGGUGGCUCCGCUGUCUGCUUUUAUCUCCCCGGCCCAAGUUCCUCUAGCCCUCUCCGACCUGCAGGUCGGAGGCAGGUGUAAAUGUAACGGACACGCUUCCAGAUGUCGCCGUGACGACUCAGGGCGGGCAGUAUGUGUGUGUGAGCAUCACACAGCGGGGCCUGACUGUGAUGUGUGUGAGGAUUUCUACUUUGACAGACCCUGGCAUCGAGCUACACCUACUCACCCAAACCCCUGUGUUGCCUGUGAGUGUAAUGGCCACUCAAACAAGUGCCGCUUCAGCAUGGAGGUGUUUCAGCAGUCGGGACGGCGCAGCGGAGGUGUGUGUCAGAAGUGUCGGCACCACACUGCCGGACGCCACUGCCAGUACUGCCAGAAUGGAUACACCCGCGACCACAGCAAGCCGCUGCACCACCGCAAGGCCUGCCAACCGUGUCAGUGCCAUGCUUUGGGAGCAGUGGGUCGCUGGUGUAACCAGACAUCAGGUCAGUGUCUGUGUCGAGAAGGAGUGACCGGCCUCAGGUGUAACCGCUGUGCCCCGGGAUUUAAACAGGGCAGGUCCCCUCUACGGCCAUGCAUACGAAUUCAAGAGGUUGCUCCGACCCCAGUCUACCAGCCUCAGUACAGCAUAGCGGAGGAGUGUAUUUCCUACUGCCAGCAUUCUCAGGUUAAAGUCAGGAUGAACCUGGAGACUUAUUGUUUCAAGGACUACGUGCUGAAGGUGCAGGUGAGAGGGAUGGAGCGUUCAGGUCCCUGGUGGCAGUUCUCCAUCUCGGUGCAAACCGUCUUCCGCACAGGAGCCACCUCCCGCGUUCGAAGGGGCCCCCAGUCCCUUUGGGUUCCUGACCGUGACCUCUCCUGUGGCUGCCCAGCCCUUCAGGUGGGCCGGACCUUCCUCCUGAUUGGUGCCGAGGAGGGAGAGCGGGGCUGGAGCCCAGAGGAAAGUCGCCUAGUGGCGGACCGCUCCACUCUAGCCCUCCAGUGGCGGGAACACUGGAGCCCCAAACUCAGGGGCUUCCGGGGGCAGGACAAGAGGGGCCGUUGUCCCACUAAACCCCCUGACAACCACAGGGAGCAGUCAAAACCCCAGUCUGGAUACAUCCCCCCUCACCUGCUGACUGAGAAAGACAGCGAGCCUGACGGUGCGAACACAUAUGACACUCAAACCUCAGUGGUGCCGCACACACACUCUCACACAGACAGCGGGAUUGAAUCCAUGGAGACGACCUCCUCACCUUCUACACUCCCGCUUGUGUGUUCUACCCAAGGUCCUACAUUAAAAACACAGACAUAAAAUGACAAGUUGCCUGAGAUUUGGACUUUGAUCUGUCAUGCUUCUGGACAUUAGGAUGAAUGUGUUCUUCUCAGACUUUUUACCUUUUUGUCCUAAAGGUUGCAGGACAAG